GUCACAAAUCAGGGGGUGGCUGUCUAGUAAAUUCACUCAGUCCUUCGAAAAUGGGUGCACGCAGAGGCUGGGUCCGAUUCCUGAAGUUCCUUGCCUGUGGUGGCCUUGUCUUCCUUGUGAUCCGGAAAUUGCAGUUUCAACCAUGUUCAGCGGACACCGACAACUUCUUCCGAUCUUAUCCCAAGUUUACCGGAGAUACCCGAGUACCUCCGGACGUAACGGUAGUGACUGCUUUCUUCAGCCUGGGUAACUUCAUAAAAGGUAAAGAUGAGACGUUUGGUCCCACGUUGUAUCUGGAGUGGGCCACUGUGUACAAGCAUCUAAGGAACCCUCUGGUUGUGUACACCGACUCGGACCAGUUUGUGCGACUGUUCACGGACAUGAGACAACACUUGAUGAACAUCACAAAAAUCAUCAAAAUUGAGAAAAAACAAUUAUGGGCGUUUGACCAUUUGGACAAAGUCCGUAACAUAUACUCUGACCCGAAGUAUCCAAAAUACCAACCCAAUACAGUGGUUCCAGAAUACCCAUGUGUUCAAAAUGCAAAAUACUCGUGUGUCGAGAAAGCUAUAGAGAGUGACUUCUUCCAUACCAAAUAUUACAUGUGGGUUGAUGUGGGUUACUUCCGGUUAAUCAUAAGCAGAAAGAGGGACUUCCGGUUGACACUUCCUCGCGACUUUGAUGAGAAGAAAAUAGCUAUCAAUAAAGUGGCUCGAUAUUCUUUGGAGGAACGGCCAGAAGAUAUUUUUAAAAAUAUGUACGUGUGGGUGGGAGGGGGAGUUCUUAUCGCUGAGAAAGGCGUGUUUCGCCAGUUUGUGAUUGAAUACAGAAAGGCCGUGGAACAUUAUCUGGAUUUGAAGCUGAGCAACUCGGAUCAGCAGGUUCUGUUUGCGAUGUACUCAAAAGCGGAGGUACACUUGAAACCUACUGUGCAACUACAGCCAUAUUCGUCUCAUUGGUAUGGAGAUUGCUGGUUCUAUCUCGGGUAUAUUUGCUACAGAGAAGUGUGAGUGAGGGUUUUAUUCCUUUUUGGAUGGUGUUUCAGUUAUAUUGCAUCGUGUCAGCUUGAAGCAGACUUAAUGGGAGACUUGAACUAAGACUUUGAUGAAUCUCAUGAGAUUAUAUGUGGUGAGUGAGUGAGGGUGGUGUUUUAGUAAUAUAUGGUGCUGACAAAAACCCAAAACAAGUAUAAAACCCCCACUCACUCACUCACCAUAUAUAAUAGUAGUAUCAGGAGCAUAGUGCGGAGUGGAACACGACUGGACAAUCUGCUCGCAAGAAUAGUGCGUGGAUGAGUCAUGAAUUCUCAACAGUUAUUGGUGAGUGAGUGAGUUUAGUUUUACGCCGCUUUUAGCAAUUUUCCAGCAAUAUCACGGCGUGGGACACUAGAAAUGGGCCCUUGCCGCUCUUGUCAUGAUUCCUAUCUCCACAGUUGUGUUCUUAUUAAGUAAAUUAUUUAAUUAAAACACACAGGCGUUUUUA